UUCCCACCCCCGCUUUAAAGCAACAUCAGAUUUUCAACGUUAUAUCCACUAUCAGCAAUAAAACAAUAGGCUGGGCAGAUCUCCUCCUGGAGAAUUGAUCUAUCUUUGGUUUCCCAUCCAAGGUGUUAACCAAGCCCAGCCCAGGCCACACCCUUCUGCUGCUAUUGGCUGGCAGGGACACUGUUGUUGUUUGCCCUGCUGAUGUGACUCCUUUCUCCCGGACGUGAUGGGGAUGCUGAUAUUCCAGUUCCCAACCUGAGCCUGGCACUCCCGACAGCUGACAAUAGGUUACAAGUGUUACCUCACGACAGGUGCAACACACAUCACAACAGGUGUGUUACCUAGGAAUAUGGUUUAUUCCUAGAUACGCCUUGCAUUGCUUGGCUGAUGGGAAAUGACACACACACACACACGACUUCCUCCUGAGAGAUGACGGACAUGGGCACAUGAGGAGUGGACACAGCUCUACGAGAGACACCGGAUUAUUUUAUGGUUGGACAGGUCCAUGUUUCCAUGUGUGGAUUUCUCUGGCGAUUGGCAGACUUGAGUAAACUACAUCAGGCCUCAACAGGCAUGACCACAGGACUGGACUCUCUUACCUCCAUUGACCCUGCUGCUCUACCUGCGUAAGACCAAAAUAGAUGGCGCAAGAAAGACAACUCUACCUUUACCUCUGUCUGCCAGAAGUACAAUGUGAGCUCGGACAACUGUAUACAUGGGGAAGCCGUCCGGUCAGCUAUAUUGUCUGUUUUCCACCAUCUUGAGUAGAGACACUGGAACCUCCUCACAGAAGCAUGGGACACAAACACCAGCCAGAACCCUGCCACCUUUUCCUCUGCACCACCCACUCGUUUACAUGUGCAGGUACCCCAAGGACUUCCCUCUGGAAGAGUCACCCUUAGAACACGUGCAUAGAGAAGAGCAUUCUGUCCUGUCCACACAGUCACUAUAAACUCCUGUAUCACAGGUGUCUCGGGAACUGUUUGGGAGAGACCAGAGCUUGAGAUAUAGAGUGGACGUUAGAAGUAUAGGCAGAGGAAGCAACUUUGAGUCAUGCAGGGCCGUGUGUGUCAGCUGUUGCUGGUGAAUGCUUUAACCUGUGGUCUGGAGGUGUGUAUGGCUGCAGGGACCUUCUACAUCCCCCCUCUACUGCUGCAGGCUGGCAUGGAGGAACGCUACAUGACCAUGGUGCUGGGAGUCGGGCCGGUUCUGGGUUUGAUCUUUGUGCCCAUGAUUGGUUCGUAUAGUGACUCGUGGCGUGGUCGUUUUGGUCGGCGCCGGCCAUUCAUCUGGCUCCUAUGUGUGGGGGUUCUGCUGGGCCUGCAGGUCUUGCCCCAGGCUUCUCACCUAGCUGCCCUGCUCUACCCACAGCGCCCCCGAUGGCUGGAGGGGAUACUGCUGGUGGGGGCAGCCUGUCUGCUGGAGUUCUCAGGACAGGCCUGUUUCACACCGCUGGAAGCGCUGAUCUCAGACCAGUUCCCUGGAGAGGAGGAGAGCAGAAGAGCCUUUUCUGUCUACUCACUGAUGAUCAGCCUGGGAGGAUGCCUUGGAUACCUGCUCCCAGCCCUGGACUGGAGCCAUGCCCCCACAGCAGCCUACCUAGGUGGCCAGGAGGCCUUUAUCUAUGCAUUGAUCACCCUCAUCUUCCUCACCUGCCUCCUCAGCACAGUCUUCAUAUCAGAGGACAGAUGGACCGGAGGAGAGGGAACCAGGAAGGGCGUUAGCGUUAGUUCCACCCUGAGCCCUUCCCAUUGGAGGAGCCGAUACUGUGGACACCCCUUGCUAUCGCAGACCCAGUGUGUACGGAUGGCUGUGGGGUGGUGUGUGUCGCUGUGCGUGUCGGCACUGCCACGUGUGUAUGGUGUAUGUAUGAGCUUGCCGGCAGUGAUACGGCGGCUGUUUGUAGCUGAGCUGUUCAGCUGGAUGGCUCUGAUGAGCUUCAUGCUGUUCUAUACAGACUUUAUGGGAGUGGGGCUGUACCGUGGAGUACCCAACGCUACACCUGGAACACAGGAGAGACUACGAUACGAUGAAGGUGUACGCAUGGCGAGUGUGGGUCUGUUUCUGCAGUGCCUGAUCUCAGUGGUCUGCUCCAUCCUGAUGGAGCGCUGGAUGGUGUUGCUAGGCACCCGGGCUGUUUACGUUAGCAGUGUGAUCCUGCUAGCAUUAGCUACAGCUGUGAUGAGCUUCUCAAAGAGUGUAGUGAUGGUCACUGUCAUGGCUGCAGCUACUGGAUAUACCUUCUGUGUGCUGCAGGUCCUGCCCUACACCCUGCUGUGUCUGUACCACUCAGACAAACGGGUCUUUUUCUCCAGCUCCAAAUCCAGACCUUCUCACCAAGGAGAAAGUGACGACCACACCAACUCAAAGCCGCUCCUUACCCCCGACCAUGGCAAGACCCCGCUUCUCACCUCUGCCUCCCCCCAUGUGUCUCUGCCCCUGGAGAGAGAGGGAGAGGCCAUACCCCUGCCUCAGAGAGGGAUGUGUCUGGACAUGGCUAUCCUGGACAGUGCCUACCUGCUCUCCCAGGUGCUGCCUGCUCUGUGUCUGGGCUCUAUAGUGCAGCAAUCCCACAGCGUCAGUGCCUAUAUGGCCUCCGCUUGCUUCCUUAGCCUCCUGUCCCUGCUCUGCUCCACCGGGGUCGUCUUCACACGCAGCGACCUCCACAAGCUCACAGGGUCAAAGGGCGACACUCCAACGCUGAGGGGGCAAAAGGAUUAAUCCAUUGUGGAUUCUAGUUGGUAUCUGUGUUCUAUUGUGGAAUUGUAGAUUUUUACUGGACUUUGGCAGUCCGUUAUAGAAACCUGUAGCAUGAAAAAUAUGCCGUAUGACUCAAAGGGUUGGGGAUUGCAGCUCUGACAUCAGCACCUUUGAGACAGACAGGUGCUGUGUUGACACAGGUAGAGGUUAACAACACAAUCGAAGAGACAGAUCAUUCUUUCUGCACAUACCUUUUUUCUUCCAGCCACAGAAUUGCAUUGUGUGCAGUUACUUCUGGGCACAUUUCAUAUAGUUUUGUAGAUGUAUUUCUCUGCUGUUGGUUGGUGUCUCAUUCCACUAUGGCAUUUCUUUAUCUGGAAUUGUAAUGAAUUUACAAACCUUAUAGUUUCUUAUGUUAACAUAAAGAACCAGGUAGUCAUAUGAACAGUGCCAAUUGUGUUUUGGAUAAUACAUCAAGAGUCUGUCACCUAUCCCUUAACCCAACAUGUAAAUCUUCUGUUUUCGGUAUGCUAUGAUAUCAUAAUUACUCGAAGAGUGAUAUGGUAUGUAUUGAUAACGUAUGCAUUGGGAAUGUGGCAUUUUAUUCUUCAGGGAACUCAGUGCAGGUAAAUCAGUUUCUGUUGUAGGCUGCUAGCUAAAUGCCUUAUUUUUAAACCAUGUACUUGAAUGUCAUAAUCCAUUGUCAUCAGGUGGGAAAUGUACAGUUAUUCCAUGUUUUCCUGGCAUGGUGUCCUCAGACAUGCUUUUGCCUAAUGCAAAAAUGUGGUAAAUAUUUUUUACAUAAUAUAUUGAUUUGUUUUUCACGGUUUAAACUGUUUGUAAUUGUGUCAAGGGAAAGGAUUAGUUAUUAUACAGGGUAAUAGCUCAUUUGCUCCAGGGGUGCCGUACUACUAUGGCUGACCCUGUAAAACAACACAUUUCACUGCAUGUAUCCAGUGUUUUAAAAAUAAUAAUAAUUGAAGGUUAAGUUGUUACACACGUUAAUAGGUUAUAUGCAAGCAUUCUCUCUUUAUGAAUAAAAUAUUUUAAACAAAACAUUUUAAUGUAAAUUAUA